AUGGAAGCCAGUCCCACCACCCGACUCUCCUAUUUCCCAACUCUCCUUCUCCUGUCCUUUCUCCCAACGCCUUCUUCUUCUUCUUCUUCUCGAUCUCUGGCCACAUCUGUUAGCUGCAACAAACAGGAUUACACAGCACUGAUGAAGAUCAAGGCAUCACUUCUCAACCCACACCACUUGGCAUCUUGGAUUCCCAACACCGAUUGCUGCAACUGGUCCUUCGUGAAGUGCACCUCCAACACUAACCUCAACACCGAACUCUCCAUCUUCGAAGCCAACAUCUCUGGCCAAAUCCCUGCCGAGGUGGGCGACCUCACAUACCUCAACUACCUCGCCUUCCAACAAAUCACCAACCUCACCGGAACCAUCACAAAACUCAAGUUCCUCGGCACACUCCUACGCUGCUGUAACAAUCUCUCUGGUCCAAUCCCUUCUUUCCUCGGCCAACUCACCAACCUCGUCUACCUCGAGCUCAACUUCAACCAACUCAGCGGAUCUAUUCCCGAAUCAUUAGGUAAAUCCAUUUCAUGGCUCAUCCUUUCUGACAACCAGCUCUCCGGUAAGAUCCCCAAAUCCUUUGGGGAUGCGCAUUUCGACUACAUCAACUUGUUGCGGAACAAGCUUGAAGGGGACGCGUCGAUGUUGUUUAUCAGUCAUAACAGCUUUCUAUCUUGGGACUUACCAUCAUUACAUGCAAUCCCAUGCAAUCCUAUCUUACCAUUAGCAAAUGGUUCGACGUGGAAUAUUGAAGUGGCGAGCAAUACGUUGGCCUUUAAUCUAUCGAAGGUGGGUUUCGCCAAGAACUUGUGGCGCUUGGACAUUUCGCACAACAAAAUCUUUGGGAGUAUACCAGAGACGAUAACGGGAUCAAUUGAGCAUUUGAACGUGAGUUAUAAUCAGUUGUGUGGAAAGAUCCCUCAAGGUGGUAAGGUUCAAAAAUUCGAUUCCUACUCCUUCUACCAUAACAAUGUGGUUCGCCGCUCGCCGCUUGUAAAGCAGCGGCGAAUGUAG